AAGUCAUCGAGUAGCCAAUAAAAAGGUAGAAGCGAGAAGUGCAAAGCUCCUCCCCACAGCGCUUCCUCCUUCUGAGCCGAAAGUAGAUCAGAAACUUCCCAGGAGCUCGGAGAGGCGGGGAAGUGGCGGUGGGACGCGAGCCCCGCGCGGAGCCGGGCCGUGGCCGCGGGAGGAGCGAGCCGGGGCGGGCCGGGCCCUCGCAGCCUUGGGGAGUGGAGAAGGUGCCGCGGCCCGCACCGCGCUCUCAGGGAAGCGGGGCGGCGCACGGCCGGGAGAUGCCGCUGCUCCACCGAAAGCCGUUUGUGAGGCAGAAACCGCCCGUGGACCUGCGUCCUGACGAGGAAGUUUUCUACUGUAAAGUCACCAACGAGAUCUUUCGCCACUACGAUGACUUUUUUGAACGAACCAUUCUAUGCAACAGCCUUGUAUGGAGUUGUGCUGUGACGGGUAGACCUGGACUGACAUAUCAGGAAGCACUUGAAUCAGAAAAAAAAGCAAGACAGAAUCUUCAGAGUUUUCCAGAACCACUAAUUAUUCCAAUUUUAUACUUGACCAACCUUACCCAUCGUUCACGAUUACACGAAAUUUGUGAUGAUAUCUUUGCAUAUGUCAAGGAUCGGUAUUUUGUUGAAGAAAUCGUGGAAGUCAUUAGGAACAAUGGUUCAAGGCUGCAGUGCAGGAUUUUGGAAGUCCUCCCUCCAUUACAUCAAAAUGGCUUUUCUAAUGGCCAUGUUAGCAGUGUUGAUGGAGAACCUAUUGUCAUCAGUGAUAGUGAUGAUUCAGAAACACAAAGCAGUUCUUUUCAACAUGGGAAGAAGAAAGAUGCAAUUGAUCCAUUAUUAUUCAAGUACAAGGUACAACCCACUAAAAAGGAAAUAUACGAGUCUGCUAUUGUUAAAGCAACACAAAUAAGCCGUAGAAAACAUCUAUUUUCUCGUGAUAAACUAAAGCUUUUUCUGAAGCAACACUGUGAACCACAAGAUGGAGUCAUUAAAAUUAAGGCCUCAUCUCUUUCCACAUAUAACAUAACAGAGCAAGAUUUUUCUUAUUUCUUCCCUGAUGAUCCACCCACGUUUAUCUUUAGUCCUGCUAACAGACGAAGAGGAAGACCUCCCAAACGAAUAUCUAUUAAUCAGGAAGACAACAUUGCUAAUAAACGGACUAUUGCAGGAUAUAGGAACAAAGCUACUAAAGAAAGAAACAAACUUUUGAAACAAGAAGAAAUAAAAGCACUAGCUUUUGAAAAGGCUAAACUAAAACGAGAAAAAGCAGAUGCUCUGGAAGCAAAGAAAAAAGAAAAGGAAGAUAAAGAGAAAAAGAGGGAAGAAUUGAAGAAAAUUGUGGAAGAAGAGAGACUAAAGAAAAAAGAAGAAAAGGAGAGACUUAAAAUAGAAAGAGAGAAGGAAAGAGAGAAAUUACGUGAAGAAAAGCGAAAAUACAUGGAAUAUUUAAAGCAAUGGAGUAAACCCAGAGAAGAUAUGGAAUGUGAUGACCUUAAGGAACUUCCAGAACCAACUCCAGUGAAAACUAGACUACCUCCUGAAAUCUUUGGUGAUGCUUUGAUGGUUUUGGAGUUCCUUAAUGCAUUUGGGGAACUUUUUGAUCUUCAAGAUGAGUUUCCUGAGGGAGUGACCCUAGAAGUGUUAGAGGAAGCUCUUGUAGGAAAUGACAGUGAAGGCCCACUAUGUGAAUUGCUUUUUUUCUUCCUGACUGCAAUCUUCCAGGCGAUCGCUGAAGAAGAGGAGGAAGUCGCCAAAGAGCAAAUAACUGAGGCGGACACCAAAGAUUUAACAGAGGCUUUGGAUGAAGAUGCAGACCCCACAAAAUCUGCACUGUCUGCAGUUGCAUCUUUGGCCGCUGCAUGGCCACAGUUACACCAGGGCUGCAGUUUGAAAAGCUUGGAUCUUGAUAGCUGCACUCUUUCUGAAAUCCUCAGACUGCACAUCUUAGCUUCAGGUGCUGAUGUAACAUCAGCAAAUGCAAAGUACCGGUAUCAGAAACGAGGAGGAUUCGAUGCUACAGAUGAUGCCUGUAUGGAACUCCGAUUGAGCAAUCCCAGUCUGGUGAAAAAACUGUCUAGCACAUCAGUGUAUGAUUUGACACCAGGAGAAAAAAUGAAGAUACUUCAUGCUCUCUGUGGGAAGUUACUGACCCUAGUUUCUACUAGAGAUUUCAUUGAAGAUUAUGUUGAUGUAUUACGACAAGCAAAGCAGGAAUUCCGGGAGCUAAAAGCGGAACAGCAUCGAAAAGAGAGAGAAGCAGCAGCUGCUAGAAUACGUAGAAGGAAGGAAGAAAAACUUAAGGAGCAAGAACAAAAAAUGAAAGAGAAACAGGAAAAACUGAAGGAAGAUGAGCAACAGAAUUCUAUGGCAGAUACAGGGGAAGAAGAAAGGGAAGAUUUUGAUACUAGUACUGAGAGUAAAGAAACAGAGCAAAAGGAACUCGAUCAUGAUAUGGUCACUGAGGAUGAAGAUGACCCAGGACCACACAAAAGUAGAAGAGGGAAGGGUGGACAACAUGGAGUUAAAGAAGAAAUCAACUGUAUAAUGCAGGAGUCUAUUACUGCUAAUGCCGAAGAAGCUUUAAAACAAGAAUACCAACGAAAAGAGAAAGAACUCUUAGAAAAGAUCCAGAGUGCCAUCGCAUGUACCAAUAUCUUUCCCUUGGGACGUGACCGCAUGUACAGGCGGUACUGGAUUUUCCCUUCUAUUCCUGGUUUGUUUAUUGAAGAGGAUUAUUCAGGUCUCACUGAAGACAUGCUAUUGCCUAGACCUUCAUCAUUUCAUAACGUACAGUCUCACAAUCCUCAGGUAUCAGCUAAAACUGAAGAGUCCUUGAUAUCUGAAUCUACCUCCAGCCUUGACCAAGGUCCAUGUGAUGAUUCUCUACAGCUGCCAAAACCAGUGCAUAAGCCAAAUCGAUGGUGCUUUUACAGUUCUUGUGAACAGCUAGACCAGCUUAUUGAAGCUCUUAAUUCUAGAGGACAUAGAGAAAGUGCCUUAAAAGAAACUUUGUUGCAAGAGAAAAGCAGAAUAUGUACACAGCUAGCCCAUUUUUCUGAGGAGAAAUUUCAUUUUUCAGACAAACCUCAGAUUGAUUAUAAGUCUACUUACACUCGGGGAAGAUCUUCCAGUGCAUGUGACACAUCACAGAUGUCUGCAGAAAGGCAGCUCGAGCUAAGGCUCAGGGACUUUCUUUUGGAUAUUGAAGACAGAAUCUAUCAAGGAACAUUAGGAGUGAUCAAGGUUCCAGAUCGAAACUUGUGGAGAUCAGCCUUGGAAAGUGGACGGUAUGAUCUGUUAAGUGAAGAAAGUAAGGAGAAUGGAAUAAUUAAAGCUGUGAAUGAAGAGGUAGAGGACAUGGAAAUCGAUGAACAAGCAAGAGUCAUAAUAAAAGACAGACUUUUGGGGGUCAAAACAGAAACUCCAAGUACUGUCUCAACUAACGCAAGCACACCACAGUCAGUGAGCAGCGUGGUUCAUCACCUGGCAGUGGCCCUCUUCCAGAUAGAACAGGGCAUUGAGCGGCGUUUCCUCAAAGCUCCACUUGAUGGCAGUGACAGUGGACGUUCCUUUAAAACAGUCCUGGACCGUUGGAGAGAGUCUCUCCUUUCUUCUGCUAGUCUAUCCCAGGUCUUUCUUCACUUAUCGACCUUGGACCGUAGUGUGAUAUGGUCCAAAUCUAUACUGAAUGCACGCUGCAAGAUAUGCCGAAAGAAGGGGGAUGCUGAAAACAUGGUGCUCUGUGAUGGCUGUGACCGAGGUCAUCACACCUACUGCGUCCGACCAAAGCUCAAGACUGUUCCUGAUGGAGAUUGGUUUUGUCCAGAAUGUCGACCAAAGCAACGUUCUAGAAGACUCUCCUCUAGACAGAGGCCAUCCUUGGAAAGUGAUGAAGAACUGGAAGAGGGUGUGGAAGGUGAGGAGGAUGAAGUUGAUGAAGAUGAAGAGGGUCAAAGUGAGGAGGAAGAGUACAAGGUAGAGCAAGAUGAGGAAGACUCUGAUGAAGAGGAAGAGCUCAGCCCACCAAAACGAGGAAGACCACAAGUCAGAUUGCCAAUUAAAGCAAGACGACAGGAUCCUGGAAGAUACCCUUCAAGGAGUCAGCAGAACACACCCAAAACUACUGCUUCUUCUUCUAAAAGUGCUAGCAGAAGCCUAAGAAAGAUCAAAUCUGCUCCUCCUACAGAAAUUAAAUCUUUAAGAAUUGCUAGUCGUUCCACUCGGCACAGUCAGGGCACACUGCAAGCAGAUGUAUUUGUGGAACUGCUUAGUCCUCGUAGAAAACGCAGAGUAAGGAAGAGUGCUAAUAAUACGCCAGAAAGCAGUCCCAGCUACUCUAACUUUAGGGUUAUCGCCUCAAGGUCAAGUGGACAGGCAACACCUUUAAAUAUUGCCUCAAGACUUUCUCUCCAAGAUAGUGACUCUAAGAAAAGAGGCAGGAAAAGACAGUCUACAGAGUCAUCUCCUGUGCCACUGAAUCGAAGAAGUUCUGGCCGACAAGGAGGGGUUCAUGAAUUGUCUGCUUUUGAACAACUUGUUGUGGAACUGGUACGGCACGAUGAUAGCUGGCCCUUUUUGAAACUUGUUUCUAAAAUCCAGGUCCCAGACUACUAUGACAUUAUUAAGAAGCCCAUUGCCUUAAAUAUAAUUCGAGAAAAAGUGAAUAAAUGUGAAUAUAAAUUAGCAUCUGAGUUUAUUGAUGACAUUGAGUUAAUGUUUUCGAACUGCUUUGAGUACAACCCUCGUAACACAAGUGAAGCAAAAGCUGGAACUAGGCUUCAAGCAUUUUUUCAUAUUCAGGCUCAAAAGCUUGGACUCCAUGUGUCACCCAGUCAUGUGGACCAGGUUAGCACACCGCUAGCUGCAAAGAAGUCACGAAUCUAAUCUUGUCCUUCUAAAGGAUGCACGUGAAGACAGCAUGCUCAUGGAAAUGGAAUAUUCAAUCAUGCUUUACAGCAGACAUGUAGAUAUAAAGCAAUAACAACUGGUCAACCACAUGGAAGCAUGGCUGCACUGUAUUCUCGAUGUUAAUAUCAAGCACUCAGGAGAAUGUAGGAAAGAUUUCCUUUGCUACAGUUUUUGUUCGGUAUCUGAUAAGUUUGAUAGAUAUAUUGGAUACAGUACUGGUUUACAGAGGUUUUUGUACAUUUUGAGAUCAUUCAUGUGUUCAGAUAUCUUGGAAAAUAUUUUUUCAUCUUUUAUUUUAUCAUUGAUUUUUUUAGAAAUAUGGUAUUGAGGGUUUAUCUACACAGAUGAGUCUUCUACAGUUGAGAGAAAUGUGUAUAUGUCUUAAGAAUUGAUAAAUGAGCACAUUGUUUCAACACUACACAUGAAUGAAUCCAAUUUUAUACCCUUAAAGUGCUGUAACCAGUACUGGCUGAGUUUAUGAACUAGAUAUUUAUUUAGCAUUCAAAGUAAUUUGUGAAUUUGUUUUAUAUUUAUAAAAUUUAUACUUGGAAAAUAUUCCUUAAUUUUUUUUAAAUUUUACUGUGUUUUUGUUUUAUUUUCCAAACAUUCUUAAUGAUUAAAAAAGAAAAUGAAAAAUGUAACCCUCUUUUCUCUACCAUUCUCUCAGUUUUAAAAACUAUAAGUUUCUAUGUACAACUUUUUAAUUGUACAAAUAAAAUGAUGCAUUUUUUCAAGUAUUCUGAAUUUCUGAGGUUUUUGCAAAUCAAAAUAAGACUUCUGUAUAUGAUAUAUAGAGAAAUCAGUGUUUUCUUGUCUCUGAGUAUAAAAUACCUCUCUUUACCAGUAAGAAUAGUAUUCUUGCACAUACUUUCAUUAAGAGAAAGGAUGAAAGUUUGAGACAUAUCUACCCAAUCAGGAAGCAUUUGGGAAAUUUUUGAGACAGGUCCUCAAGCUCCCUAUGUAGCCCAGGCCAUCCUCAAACUUGUGGCAAUCAGCCUCCUAUAUACUGGGAUUACAGGCACAUGCCACUGCCUAAAUCCAAAUAAAUCAUAUUUCUAAAAGUGCUGGAUUUAAGUGGUGCUGGUGGUGCAGGCCUGUAAUCUGUAUGCAGGAUGCUGAGGCAAGGGGAAAGACCACAAGUUUAAGGCCACCCUGGAUUAUGCAGUGAGACCCUGUCUCAAUGGGGGGAAAAACGAACAAACAAAAAACAGUGCUUUAUUACAACUGCAAAAGAUGACAGAUAGGAAAGAAGCUAAUGCACCCUACUAUGUGAUGUGCCCGCCCUAAUGUAAAAGGUCAUAGCGUUUGUACCUAAUAACUGUGUGAAAUGCUUUGCAUUAAAUAAAUUUAUCCUGUAAGAUUUUUUAGUAUUCUCUCCAU